ACACCUCAUCGCUCUCUAAUCUUCUUCAUUUUCUUCUCUCUUUUCUGCUUAGUCUUAAUUGUAUGGCCGCCAAUUCCAGCAGCCGAGUGAUCGCCAGCUUGGGGAAGCGAGUUGUCGUCAGCCGGAUCCGAGUCCGCCUCGCCGAGUCGACUCACCUCUCUCCUCUCGCUCUCAGGAGAGCUGCUCACAGCUCAGUGUACGACAAGAACCCUGAUGAACAAAUUCGCCCUAGCUUUUCCCCAGACAAUGUGAUCCCAAGUCAACCCGAGAAGUACUGGGGUCCAAACCCUCGAAGUGGGGUAUUUGGGCCUGAGGCAGCGCAUAAUUCCACCCAAGCUGGAGAGGCUGGAGCUGUGAAUGGUAACGAGACAUCAGUGCUGGAGGAGAAGGCCUGGUACCGCCCUACCAACAUCGAGGACGUGGAGAAGCCUCACCUGACUUGAGCCAUUUGAGCCACAUUCAACCUUUCUGCUAUAUUAUACAAUAUAAGGGUUGAAUAUUUAAAUAAGUAAAUAACAUAUAGGCGUGGCUGCUGCUCCCUAUAUAUGUAGUUUCUAGUACUAGUUUGUAGUAGUGUAACGUUUGCCCACCCCGCCAUACAAGAUUUGGUUUUAUGUUCAUAUUAUUAAGCGAGUAGUAGGGCUGGAGUUGACUGCAUCUUAUAUGCUUGUACCCGUCUACACAUGGGCUGUCUUCUUCCCAUGGUAUGGUUCUAUAUAAUACUUGGAUAUGCUUGAGAUCUUA